AAAGUUCAAAAUGAACUUCCUUAUAUUGUGCUUGGUGAUUUGUUUGCCGCUGAUUUCAGCGCUCACCUAUAUUCCUGUUAUCAUAGAAGAGGAAGAUUUGGAAAAUGGUCAACUCUUAAUUAGACCCGCCAGAUCACCGCAACGUGGAGGCGGUUUUGGCGGAGGCGGCGGAUUCGGUGGAGGCGGUGGACUUGGAGGUGGCGGCGGAUUCGGAGGUGGCGGUGGAUUUGGUGGUGGCGGUGGAAAAGGCGGUGGUCUAGGUGGAGGUUUCGGUGGAGGCGGUGGUAGAGGGGGCGGCUUAGGCGGCGGAUUUGGAGGAGGCGGCGGUCGUGGAGGCGGACAGGGAGGUGGAUUUGGAGGCGGUUUUGGCGGUGGACGAGGAAAUCCUGACAGCCCAUCUUCGUCAGCCACAGCCAACUCCGAGGCAACUGCUACAGGAAACAACGCUAAUGCCUCUGCUAAUUCAAAAGCUUUUGCCACAGGUGGAGGUUCAGCUUCAGCUUCGGCUACCGCUGUUGCUAAUGCCGCAGCCUGAAUACCAGUACUGUUGAAAGUUGUGCUCAGUCCCAGGAUGUUGACUGACAAUAAAUAAAUUGUUAUUUUUACUUAUUAACUCUCAUUAUGGUAUUGUGUAUGAUCUUAUGGCAAGUGUAAGUAAAUAAAAAAAGUGUGACGUGAGGUCACAGCCUCUAAUAAAAUUGUGUCUGUCUGUGGAUAUGAGCCACUUUCUCUGAUCACUAGUAUUUUUGUAAACAUUUUGUACAUUUCUAUAAAUAAACCAUUAAAAAUCAUUGAUAGAA